GGCGGCGCGGCGCACGUGGGGCGGCGGGGGGCGGCGCUCGGCCCCGGCCCGUCCCGCUGCCCGCCCCCCGCGGCGCGGCCCCUCCGCGCUUAUAGCGGCGGGCGGGGGCGGCGGUACCCGGCCGGCGGCGGCACGCGCAGAUCUUUGAACCCCAACUGAGUCAUCGCCAACUUAGUUCAAGAUGCCACCGGCCAUUGGAGGCCCUGUGGGAUACACUCCUCCUGAAGGAGGAUGGGGAUGGGCCGUUGUCAUCGGAGCCUUCAUCUCCAUUGGGUUUUCCUAUGCCUUCCCCAAGUCCAUCACUGUGUUCUUCAAAGAGAUUGAGGUUAUCUUCAAUGCAUCCAGCAGCAAAGUCUCAUGGAUCUCCUCCAUCAUGCUGGCUGUUAUGUAUGCAGGAGGUCCCAUCAGCAGCAUCCUGGUGAACAAAUAUGGCAGCCGGCCCAUCAUGAUCGUUGGUGGCUGCCUCUCGGGGUGCGGGUUGAUCGCAGCAUCUUUCUGCAACACAGUGGAGGAGCUCUACUUCUGCGUCGGGGUCGUGGGGGGCCUUGGACUCGCGUUUAACUUGAACCCAGCCUUGACCAUGAUCGGCAAGUACUUCUUCAAGAGGCGUCCUCUGGCUAACGGGCUGGCGAUGGCGGGCAGCCCUGUGUUCCUCUCCACCCUCGCGCCUGUGAACCAGCUUUUCUUUGGCAUAUUUGGCUGGCGUGGCAGCUUCCUCAUCCUUGGCGGUCUCCUGCUGAACUGCUGCGUUGCCGGAUCCCUGAUGCGGCCCAUAGGCCCCAAGCCGGAUCAGCUGAAGAAAGAGGCCACUAAGGAGGUGCUGCAGGAAGCUGGGAAGGCAGUGAAAAAGGACGAUGGUGACACCAGCACAGACCUCAUCGGUGGGAAGACCAAGAAACAGAAGAGCACGUUUUUCCAGACGAUCAACAAGUUCUUGGACCUGUCCCUGUUCACACACAGGGGCUUCCUGCUCUAUUUGUCAGGCAACGUGAUCAUGUUCUUUGGGCUGUUCACUCCCUUGGUCUUCCUCAGCAAUUAUGCAAAGAGCAAGAAGAUUGCUAAUGAAUCUGCAGCCUUCCUGCUCUCCAUCCUGGCCUUCGUAGACAUGGUGGCCAGACCUUCCAUGGGACUGGUGGCAAACACCAAGUGGAUCAGACCCAGAAUCCAGUAUUUCUUUGCCAUCUCUGUGAUUUACAACGGGGUGUGCCAUCUCUUGGCCCCCAUGUCCACCACCUACGCUGGCUUCUGCAUUUAUGCUGGCUUCUUUGGCUUUGCCUUCGGCUGGCUGAGCUCGGUCCUGUUUGAGACCCUGAUGGACCUGGUGGGAGCCCAGCGGUUCUCCAGCGCUGUUGGGCUGGUGACCAUCGUGGAGUGCUGCCCCGUGCUUCUGGGACCCCCUGUGCUAGGGAAGCUCAAUGACAUGUACGGUGACUACAAGUACACGUACUGGGCCUGUGGAGUCAUCCUCAUCAUCUCUGGGAUCUACCUCUUCAUCGGGAUGGGCAUCAACUAUCGCCUGGUGGCAAAGGAGCAGAAGGCGGAGGAGAAGGCGCGGAAGGAAGGGAAGGAGGAGGAGACCAACGUCGACGAGGCUGAGAAGCAGAAAGAGGCGAACAACGAUGUGGCCCCCUCGCCUCAGAAGAGCGCGGAGGAUGGUGUCAAAGAGGAGGAGAGCCACAUGUGAGGGACCGGUCUCAAUCCCGGAGUGUCGGGGAAGUGCUUCUGCCCUGGCGCGGUGGCUGGGGCAGUGCUCCGCUGGCGCUGGGCAGCUGUGAGAAGUGUUUAAACCAGGUGUUCAUUUUUAACCAGGCUCUGAAUUGUCUGUCCAUCUGUGUUCAACAAAGGUAACAGGGCUACACCCACGGUAUCCUCGUGCUUCGGGGGGCAGGGGGGCUUUUUAUAGUCUGGCUUUUUAACAGUAACAUGAAUGUACUAAUAUGUGCCUUACAGUCUUCAUAUCUAGCUGAAUCUGGACGAGCCUUAACUCUAAACUGUGCUUUAGCUCUGUAUUCUGCUCGGGGUGGGUGGGGGUGGGGUUGUGUGUGUGUAUGCGUGUGUUUUGGGGAGUUUUGUUGUUAAAAAGCCAUAAAAAGCAGGAUACUGGAUUUGUUGAAGCAUGAUGGGCUUCAGGGCCAGCCCCGGAUGAAUACUGCUUCACACGCUUCUUACUGCAGGCCCUCCGCGGAGGGGGAGAUCCGGGCAGGGGGCAGGGUGGUCUUUGGCUCCUGUGCCCGGUGCCUCCUGGCUCUGUAGGUGGUCUUUAGGUAUGUUUUGAAAACACUUUAGCUACUGUAGUUCUUCAAAAUCCCUCUUUUGUAGCUGUGCUCUCACGGGAUAUUUGGGUUGGAGAAGGUCGGCCGCGGUUCGCAUUGGGCAGUGUCACCCCCUCCGGGGCUGUGCUGGCCCCUGCAGCCGAGCCCUCCAUGGGGAGGGCUGGGGUCCCCCGCCCCCGACUCUGCCCUGGCCGUGCCUCCGCUGCCCAGUGCUGGGUGAUGUGAAACGGGUGCCAUCGCGGAGGCUCGGCCGGGGUGCCGGGUCGGGUUGCCGGACUCGGUCGCACCGCGGGGCUGUGCUGCCCCGUCCCCCCAUGGGGUGGGUUUCCACUGGAGCAUCCCUGCGCUGAUCAUCCCAGCCAGGCGGGUGUUUCGGGUGCCGGCCCCUUGGCAGAGCGGGGUGGGUGGGUGGAGAUGGUACAUCCCUGAGAAAGGCCUUCUGCUUUCGCUCUUUUAUCUCUUAGAGAAACCUCUUUUACUUGCUUCUGUUCAACUGAGAUCUUAAGGCGGUGGAUGCCUAACCACUCACAUCUAGGACACGUAAGGGGGAGGAAGGAAUUUGUACGUAUUUAUUUUUUAUUUUUUAGUGUUGGAAAAUAUCUCAACGUACGUGGAGCAGGUUAAUGGCUCUCAAGUUCUAGUAAAUGUUGAUCAGAAAUCUUGUAAGAGGCUGAGUUUUUUUUCAAAUAAACUUGUUUUUUUUACAAUUUA